AGGUGACUGCCUUCCCCUGGCAACGGCUUGUUCCUAGCAACAGGGCUGCGGGUCCAGGUGGAGCUGCCGGUGGGCAGGAGGCCACUGCCAUGAAUCCGUCAGGAAACCUUGGGGUCAUAGAGCAGAAUGGCGAAGAACACUUGGUCACCACGAUUCACGGGCCCUCGGUGCAUUCGGAUAACCCGCAGGAGCGCAUCCAAGCUCGGCGACUGCGCAUUGCUGCCAGACAGGAAGCCCGGAGGCGGGAGGCCCUUGGAGAGUAUCUGGACGGAAAGAAGGAGAGUGUGGAAGACCAAAGCAGAAGCUACAAACAGAAAGAGGAGAGCAGACUGAAAUUGACUAAACUCCUACUCUGUGGUACUGAGUUGGUGACAAAUAUCCAGGUGGCUACAGACAUCAGAGAGAUCCAUAGGAGAGUCGAAGAAGAGGAGAUGAAGCGUCAGCGACUCGAGAAGCUGGAGAAUGAAGUUAAGACCAGCCAGGACAAAUUUGACGAAAUCACGGCCAAGUGGGAGGAAGGCAGACAAAAGCGGAUUCCCCAGGAACUGUGGGAAAUGCUCAACACCCAGCAGGUGCACUGUGCUGGCCUCAUAGAAGACAAGAACAAGCUGAUCAGCGAGCUGCAACAGGAGUUGAAAAUAAAAGAUGACCAGUACGUCAAGGACUUGAAGAAACAGUCGGACGACAUCAGCCUGCUUUUAGAGAGGAUGGAGGAGCAAGUGAAGAAUGUGAUGAAGAACUUCCGGCAGGAGCUCAUCCACAUCGAGAAAGCCUUUGAGUUAGAACGACAAGAGCUGCUGUCCAGUAAUAAGAAGAAAUGGGAGCGAGCGCUGCAGGGUCACAAUGCCAAGGAGCUGGAGUACCUCAUCAACCGCAUGAAGAAGGUGGAGGACUACGAGAAGCAGCUCAACAAGCAGCGGGUCUGGGAUUGUGAAGAAUACAACACGAUUAAGAUCAAGCUAGAGCGGGAUGUGCAGAUUCUUGAGCAACAGCUUCAGCAGAUAAAAGCAACUUACCAGCUAAACCAAGAGAAGCUAGAGUACAACUUCCAAGUGCUGAAGAAGAGAGAUGAAGAGAGCACCGUAAUCAAAUCCCAGCAGAAGAGGAAACUCAAUCGCAUGCACGACAUUCUUAACAACCUGAGAGCUAAAUACGCCAAGCAGAUAAGACAGUUUCAAGAGGAGAACCAGUCCCUGACCUCCGACUACAAACGCCUCGUGGGGCAGUUCAAGGAGCUACAGAAAGCUAUGAGACACUUCACCAUUAUUGAUGCCGAGAAGUUUAGGGAGAUUUGGCUGAUGAAUGAAGAAGAGGCGAAGGCGCUAGCCCAGAGAGCAUUUGACGUGGACAGCAUUAUCAAUGCCCAGCACCUGGGGCUGCCCUGGAAGAUGCCUGAUUUCUGGUUCCUGAAGAAUGUGGGGCCAAUUUCCAUGCAGCAGCAGAAGUCAGCCACACAAAUACUAGAAGAACUGCUGCUGCAGACAGAAGGGGAAACAGAAGAGGCUUCUGAAGACGAUUCUUACAUGGACCUACCCAAACAAGUUUCAGCAAAAACUACCAAAAAGAUCUUGAUGCUCCUGUGUGACGAGUCGGGUUUCCUCAUAGAGAGCAAACUGCUGAGCCUGCUCCUCCCCCUGGAGAAGAGUGAAUGCUAUCUGCUGAGGUUGGAUGCCAUCUUCUCUGCCCUGGGAAUUGAAAGUGAGGAUGACCUGUACAAGCUGGUGAACUUCUUCCUUCGAUACCGAUCCCAUCGUUUAUCCUCUGCCCAGUACAGCACCUCCAUUCACACAGAGCGCACAAGCCUGCUGUCAGCGAUAGAUCGUCUGAGCUUGCUGUCCCAGGUGGAUAGGAGGAGCGUGGUGUCUAAAUCGGAGGUGGAGUCCAUAGAGCAGGAGGCCCUGCAGGGAGGCGACAAGGAGAGCCUUGUGGACAAGGAGUUGAGAGAUGAGGGCCUAUCUUCUCCAAUGCUCAUCCACCCCAAUGACGUCCUCAAGAUUCUGGAGGCCUUUGUCAUGGGGCUGAAUAAAUCCAAGGACAUGCGGCCAGUACUGAGAGUGAAGAAAGAUAUUCGAGAUAAUUCAAAGGACACCGAGUAUUGGGCAUCCCUGGCCAUGGUUAUCCCUCCCUCCAAGCAGAACCUCUGGGACGCGCUGUACAAGGCCUUGGAGAAAUAUUACCUCGUGCUGACCCAGAGGGCCAAGCUGCUGAUGGAGAAUGACUCUUUGGAGCAGCAGAAUGCCGAGAUGCAGUCCUUGCUACAGCAGUACCUCCAUGCCAAGGUCAAUUCAGAACUUCAGAUUCCUCCAACCCAAAGCUUCCGGAUGCCCACAAAAUAGAGAUGUAUCUACAAGGCUUGGUGUCAGAGUCCGCACCGCUCAGCGGAGAGCCUGGGCCCACUCUGGGUUUUCCAGAACUGUGUCUGUCUGCCAAAAUAAGGCAGCGAUGGUCCCCACAGUUCUAAUAAAGUCUUUGAAAGAUA